CCUCCUCUUCUUUUCACCACCACCCUCCGUCCCCUUCCUCAGCGACCGACCCAACUCUUGUGAAUUCUCCUCUUUCUUUUCUGCGUUGUCGGUUUGCUUCACCCGAUCGCCUUCUGCUGCCCGGCGAAGAUGAGAGGCCAUGGAGAAGACAACCCACGUUGCUACUGCCACCCCAAGGAAGUGGUGGUAGGAAUCUGUGCUCUUUGCUUGAAGGAGAGGCUCCUGGUUUUGGCCUCCGAACAAAACGGACUUCCACAACCCGGUGGCACAAAGAGGCCCUCGAGAACGCUGAAGAGAACACCCAGCGUCAACCUGCGCAAUGUGUUUGCGUUGGGCUCUCUCCUGCAGCUACUCGAUAAUCGAUACCACAGGAGCAAAGAUACCUCCAGUGGUGAAGACUCCAUCGCCAGCCUUGAAGAUUCCUUCAUCUCAUUCAAGUUCGAGGAGGACAGCGGUCAGACAUCUUGGCCUAACAAGAGGGCUAUCGACUCUACCAUACCUUCUACAAGCAUCACCUGUGGCAGUGGCAUUUCCAUGGGAAAGGACAGAACGGGAGUGAGCAGCAUAGCGGAGCACAAGAAGCGCGGCGGAGCGAAGCUGCGGUGGCGCAAGAGGAUCGGUCAUCUCCUCCACCUGGCACGAUGGAAGAGGUCCAACAAGGCAAGCACGAGCCAUGUGGGAUUUGGAUGUAAGGUGGAUGAUGGGUUCUAGGUGAUCAAGAACAAGCUUCACAAGGAGGAAAACUACCACAGACUCGAGUGAGAAGGAGUGCGUGUGUGUGUUUGU